AUGUCUCAGAGUAGGGGGAUCCGAAGGCUCCAGACAUCGUCUUACCCUCAAAAGCUAGGCCACUCGCAGCCAAAUGAGUUCAAAGUACUCGAGGAAAUCGGGCGGGGUUCUUUUGGAUCUGUACGCAAAGUGUUGCAUGUACCCACUUCCAAGCUCAUGGUUCGCAAGGAAAUAAAGUAUGGGCACAUGAACUCGAAAGAACGCCAGCAGUUAAUCGCAGAAUGCACAAUCCUAGCUGGGUUGCGCCAUGAGAAUAUCGUCGAGUUCUAUAAUUGGGAUCACGCAUCUAGCCGGACUGGGAAUAGUGUGGAUUAUGGAAAUGGCGAAGUACUCUACCUUUACAUGGAGUAUUGCUCCUGUGGCGAUCUAUCCCAGAUGAUUAAGCAUUACAAGGGUAUGCGAAAGUAUGUACCUGAGCGUGACAUCUGGCGUAUUGCAGUACAGCUGCUAUUGGCCUUGUACAAAUGCCAUACAUCCUGUGACCUGCCGCAACUUGAUACCAUAUAUGAUAAAAUAAGCAAAUCGGCCAUUGAAAGCGAGGCUGGAAAGGUUACAUCAGUAAUACACCGGGACCUGAAGCCUGGAAAUAUUUUCCUCACAGGUGAUGGGGUAGGUGGGCGAGGCAGUGUCGAUUACAGUAAAGUCGAGGUGAAACUGGGCGACUUUGGUUUGGCAAAGUCGCUGCAAUCUGCUAUUGAAUUUGCAACAACAUACGUAGGAACACCAUACUACAUGUCACCAGAGGUCCUUAUGGACCAGCCGUACAGCCCAUUGAGCGAUAUCUGGUCUUUAGGCUGCGUCAUUUACGAGCUCUGCGCCCUGCGUGUGCCAUUUCCCGCAAGAAACUUCAUGGAACUUCAGCGUAUGAUCCAGCGUGCUGAUGUUCAACCACUACCAGACUACUACAGCAAAGAGCUGCAACAAUUAGUGAUAUCUUGCAUCAAUCCAAAUGAAAAACUACGGCCCAGUGCAUUUGAUCUGCUUCAAUGCCUCCAGUUGCGUGUGGCCCGCAAAGCACUACAGUUGGAACGCUUUGAAAAGAACCUACUUGUUUAUGAAAAAGAGUUGACUGAAAUAGGAGAGAUGCUGGAGAAGCAAGCGAGCGACUACGAUAAAGAAAUAAAUGAUAUGCGGACCCAAUGCCGAAAAGAUUUUGAGUUGGCAGUUGAAAAGCGGGCCCGGGAGCUGGUGAGUGGCAAACGUAUUCAGGACGUACCAGAUAUCCAUGCAAGGUACCAUGUGCGCACCCCAACUAACCCAUGGAGGUCAUAA